AAGAAGUCAUUUAUGUCACAUCAGGCUUUAUUUCUUAUAUUCUGGCUCCCAAAUUACUUCAUCGGCACCAAAGUCGAACCGAAAUGUCUUAAGCUAUUCACAAAAAUAUUUUCAGCCCAAAAUUGGUGGAAAAAUAAGAAUUAUUAGCCUGAGAUAGACAGAAAAACAAUUUUCCUAUUUAAAAAUAAGGGUGUAACCGCUGUGAUGCUAUAAAAAUAUUAAUUAGUUAUACCACGAACGAUAGGAAUAAUGUUUAAGGGAUCUUAAAAACAAUGCAGAAAAGGCAUUCACAUCCAAGGAAAGUCAUGAAAGGAAAAGGACAAAGGUGAUGUUUACCUUGGCGCACGACCCCAAACAGACCAAAAGAGUGAAAGAAAACAUCAGCAACCCCUGUGGUUAAAACUGUGUUUGAAAUAAAAAGUUAUGCAGAUACAGAAACCUUCAUUAUUCGCGGUUGAUCAAGGAGUGUAAAUGAAGAGCACUUCCUUUAUUCAACAGUGAUGGUGAUUUUUCUGUGAGGUUUGAAGAGAUGGCUGAAACCCGCUUGCAGAAAAAGUGUAGCAGUGGGGCAGUUGGGAAACUUCGAGAGUUCUGCUCCGAAACUACCGCUCAUGGGUUUGGUAGACUGACAUCUGCUACUUCCGCAAUAGAAAGACUUAUUUGGUUGUUAUGUUUACUAGCUGCCCUGACAUAUACGCUCGUCCAGGGAUUUAGUCUCGUUUCGGAGUACUUUUCGUACCCAGUCGAUGUCAAAGUUGAGAUGAAACAUGCCGAAGAUCUUGAGUUUCCCGCCAUUGUGGUUUGCAACAUGAAUGCGUUGAGAAGACAGGCCUUAAACGAGGUCGUAAAGAUGGGGCAAAUAACGAACCCAAUUUGGGAACAGGUCAGCCAAAGUGGAUCUCGGCAGCAAAUGAAAUCCUACAAAAGAGCCUUGUUGGCAUCACUUGAUAACGACGUCAAACGGUCAAUUGGACAUCAAGCUGAGGAUUUUAUACUGGAGUGCAACUGGAAAGGCGAAGUUUGCGGCCCAGAAAACUUCACGUGGUUCCCCAACUAUGAAUAUGGAAACUGUUACGUGUUUGGGGCCGAAAAUAUGACUCAGAACAUCAGUGCACCGGGAAAUCAGAAUGGUUUGUCACUGCUCUUGAACAUUGAAGCUGAUGAAUACUUGGGAGAUUUCUCAGAAUCGUAUGGCGCUGUUGUUGAGGUGACGAACGGAGAAGAAAAGUUUUUUCCUGAGGAGAAUGGAUACCUUGUGGCACCAGGGCAAGUCACUAACAUUGGUUUCACCGCAAGAAUGUUAAAAAGGCUUAACUUCCCUUUUGAGGGCACAUACUGUGGAUACCUUGGUGAUGACAGCCAGCUUCCUUACAAGUACUCGCAGAUGGCAUGUCUAAAGUACUGCGUUGCUGAGAGUCAAAAGAAAGAAUGUGGAUGUGCUGAUAUUCAAUACUCAAUUACCCCACAUUGCAAUCCGUUUAAUUCAACGCAAGGUCAAUGCGUCAGGGACGUUAACGACAAGAUCAGACUGUCAAAUAUCACAUGUCCGUGCAACGAAGACUGCAAGCUGUUUGAGUUUCAAGUUUCCACAUCGUCUGCUACGUGGCCAACAGACGGGCUUCUGGCCCGUCUACGAAGCAUGCUGGGAAAGAAAGCUUCAAACGUGACAAGUAAUCUCUCCGAAGCCAGACGAAAUUUGGCGCGAGUUAAUAUCUACUACAAAAGCAUGACAGUGGAGGUCAUUGCGCAGCACCCAAGGUAUCAGUUCAAAGACCUUAUUAGCAGCGUUGGAGGUUCACUGGGUCUUUUCACUGGGAUGUCGCUGUUAACUUUAGUGGAGUUUGUCAAGUUGAUUUUUGACUUGACGAGGUUCUCCUGCAAGAAGAAAACGUCUGUUGCAUCUCCAAUGCACCACACAAAUGAAAAAGAGUUGGAGAAUCCAUGCUCUUAAUUAAUCCAAACAUUUUAUAUGUACACACAAAAAUCUGCGCAGAUGUUUGUUAUCCAAUGCAUGGCAACAAGAAGCAUAACCAGCUUGAUCAUUUAUUUGUGGCUUGUUAAAAUUACGAAAAAGAUGUCAAAUAUUGGUUACUUUCUUAAUUAGCUUAUAACUAACAUUUUGUAAACUCGUUUGUAUACCUAACCAGGGGGCUUCCACUUUAUUACACUGAAUUUCACUCACUUCACUUACGCCGGUAACUUAACUUUGUGUAAGUUUUAAUCACUUUUUCCCUCCUCCAUCGAGACAUAAACUCGUCAAGACACAAUCUCAACUGUUACUGUCCAAAACCUCUCGAGAAUACCCCUUUAUCUGACGAUUUAUCAAAUACGAACAAGUAGAACUGACAAAAAUGUAAAUAAAGGUCACUGAGCUUAAACGC